AUGAGAUGGCAGGAGGUCUCAGGGAUUGUGGCUGAAUUUGACGCAUUUGUGCUGGUAACAGCCUAUGUACCUAAUGCAGGCCAAGGUCUGUUACGCUUGGGGUACUGGCAGCACUGGGAUGAAGGCUUUCGCAAGUUCCUGAAGGGUUUGGCUUCCCAGAAGCCCCUUGUGCCAUAUGGGGACCUCAAUGUGGCUCAUGAAGAAAUCGACCUUCGCAACCCCAAGGGAAACAAAAAGAAUGCUGGCUUCACUCCACAAGAGCAUCAAGGCUUUGGGGCAUUACUACAGGCUGUGCCACUGGUUGACAGUUUCUGGCACCUCUACCCCAACACAGCCUAUGCCUAUACCUUUUGGACCUACAUGAUGAAUGCUCAAUUCAAAAAUGUCAGUUGGCACCUUCAUUACUUUUUGUUGUCUCACUCUCUGUUACCUGCAUUGUGUGACAGCAAGAUCCAUUCCAAGGCCCUGAGCAGUGACCACUGUCUUAUCACCCUACACUUAGCACUGUGACACCACCCCCAAAUUACUUUAAACCUGGGAAAUGAGCCCUAAGCUAGCUUUAAAAGUUAACCUUCCCAAACUUCUUUAAAAAAAGAUAUAGAUAUCUGCACUGUAUUUCCUUCUAAAAAUAUAAAUCUUUCAACCAGGCUCUUACUAAUGCUUUUCUUUAAACCCCCAGUUUUUCUUUUCUUUUCUUUUUUUUUUUUU